CAAAGAUAUAUAAGAUGGACCUUUCCUCCUUCUGUACCCAGAUGGGACAGAGGUUAUUAAUAUCCCUGGGACACAAACACCUUUUACCCUUGCAGCUUAUAAGGCUGAAAUUGGUCCUGGAAGCUGAAUCAGAUGAAUCUCUGCUAAAUGUAAUUUUUCAAAACAGCGGGAUGUUCCAAACUGCUGGCUGCUUCAGAAGUGUGAAGACUUCUGAGAAGAAAGCUUUUGUAGAGGAGUAUCUCAGAUGGUACAUCCUUGACAGAAACCACAGUGCCAUUCAACGAUUCAAAGAUGGACUGGCAAGUCUAGGUUUUUUCGCUGCACUGCAACAGCAUUCCAGUGUCCUGUCCCCAGUCCUAUGUUUCUCUGCCAAGGCCCUGACUGCUUCAGACUUGGAGACCAUGUUCAAACCAGAUCUCAGCCCAGUAGGAACCAAUAGGCGGCAAAAGGAGGGCAAAACAAUCGUCUUCUGGGCAGAUUAUUCGCUUGAUUGCGAAGAGAAAAACACUGCUGUAUGUCUAGAGGAAGUCCUGAUGUUUGCUACAGGUCUGACAGCGAUUCCACCAGCAGGCAUGAUGCCAUCCCCACAUCUUGAGUUUUUGAGUGAUUCACCCUUUCCUGUUGCAAACACCUGUGCAAAUACACUGAAACUGCCACUUUUGGAAUCUUACGCUGCUUUUAGGGCUAACAUGGACUUUGGAAUACAAAAUGCUCCGGGAUUUGGAUGCUACUGAAACUGAAAGAAGAGAUUUCUUGGCAGUCUUGUUCUAAUGCUGUUGGCAUUCAGCUAAUUUUGUGAUGGUUGCUCCAUGGGUCAGACCAUGUUGUUCUCCAUUUCUGGGUGGCAAAGCCUUGCCAUAAUUUCUGAAAAGAUUAGAUAAUAUGAUGUCCUUUUCAAAGUGAUAGCUUUGAAAGGGACAUCAGCUCAUGAAGUCAACAAUCCGUUAGGGCAAAUUCUGUAUUUUUUUUUAGAGUGGUGUAUGUCUGGUUUAGGCUCACGGUCCGGGCAUUUGUAAUAUGUCCAUAAUAUAGUUUUUUGUAUCAUCUUAAAAGGGGAUACACUCGGCUUUCAUUUAAGCCAAGUUUUGAAUCUGACCAACUCAGGUCACCAGAGCUUGUUAAAACAAAAUAACAUGAAUCCUUUUUGCCUAACCAAGAAACAUUGUUUGUAAUCCAAUGGUAUCCAGGGACACAAGAGUUGACAACUGAAAUACUCAGACUAAGAAAUCCUGAAAUGUACCAAAUCUAUACUACCAUGCAGUCAUGUUUUUAUGUGGUUAUUAUGGAUUACAUAAUGGUAGGCUAAUCUAAAAAACUGUAUAUGGUAUACAUUUCCGGAUUUCUUAGUCUGAGUAUUUCAGUUGUCAACUCUUGUGUCCCUGAUGUCCCUGGAUACCACUGGACUAAAAACAAUGUUUCUUGGUAAGGCAAAAAGAGUUUGUGUUAUUUCUGUUUAACAAGCUGUGGUGACCUCUGAGUUGGUCAGAUUCAAAACUUGGCUUAAAUGAAAGCCGAGUGUAUUCCCUUUUAAGAUGAUACAAAAUUUUAUAUUGUAGAGCUUUGACAAAUCCCCGUAUCGUGAGCCUAAAUCAGACAUACACCAGUCUCAAAUAACAGAAUUUGCCCAAAGGGAUUGUUGACUUCAUGAGCUGAUAACUAUGAAUAAACUGCCACUUUAGAAGGGCUAUCAUAUGAAAAUAUCUA